AUGUCUGAAGAAUCAAAUGGAGAUAGAAUCAAGCUUGGCGGUGGGCCAGUUUAUGAUACAGAUCUCCUUGGAGGCUCAGCACUGAAGAGUUCCGGCGGCUAUGUUGCUUCCAUCGCCGCCGGUGGCGAUUUGGAGGAAGACGACGAUGAAAUGGACACCACCGCGAUGCCCAAACUUGGCGUCAGACAAGUCAACGCCUCGCGCGCGAUGAUCGACAAGUUCCGCGGCGAAGAAGACGACAAUCACGACCCCUUCGCUGAAACUCGCAAAGAUCGCUCAAUCGCGUCGCGACAAAACGAAUACCAGCAGAAACGACUCCACCGACAGAUCUCGCCAGAGCGCUCGGAUCCGUUUGCAGAUGGAGGAAAAACUCCCGAUGCGCGAAGCAGCUCAUUCGCCUCAAUCAUGAAGCAACAGAACGUUACUCAAGAACUGACACAGAUGAAGCGAGACAUCAACAGGAAAAUCGACAGCGGAGAAGCUCAAGCAAGCGAUUUUGGCGCUCCAGUAAAGCACGCGCCGAAGAAACGACUUGAUUUGUCUGCUCCAGCUGAGGAAGCAGCCGCGACUCCAAAGGGCAAAUUGAAUCUUGGUGGAGUUGGAUCGAUCUCUGCAGCGACUCCUCGAGCACCAACAGGAUGGGAAGAGACCCCCGGACGACCAAUGGGCGACGCAACGCCAAAUGUAAAUGCUACACCGAAGAUAUGGGAUGCUACACCUGCUCAUGUCGCUGCUGGUGCUGCUACUCCUUCGCAGACUCCUGGAAGCAAGAGAAAUCGAUGGGAUCAAGGAGGACUUGGCUCAGAAACACCCGGAACUGCUUCUUGGGGAACUACGCCCCGAGUUGAUCGAGGUGGAGCAGAAGAACCAGGGGCUAGUGUUCGCGUAAAGAAGAGCCGAUGGGAUAUGACACCGAAGGUUGGCGAGACACCGAGCAUGACCCCGGGUGGAAUGACUCCUGGAGGAAUGACGCCCAUGAAUGGUGGCGAAACACCUGGAGGAAUGACCCCAAUGGGGAAAGGUAUGAUGACACCUCAACACGGCGGCGAAACACCCGGUGGGAUGACGCCUGGCGGUAUGACUCCCGGUGGAAGCACUCCUGUCGGCGCGAAAGCGAUGGGAAUGCAGACCCCUGCUCCUGGAACCAAACGAUUUUCCUCUCAAGCGCAACUUGCUCACGACUGGGCGGUUGAGAUUGACGAGCGAAAUAAGCCACUUACUGAUGAGGAGAUUGACGCGAUGCUUCCUCCUGGAUACAAAGUCUUGGAUCCACCAGCUGGUUAUCAGCCCGUUAGAACUCCAUCGCGAAAAAUUACGGCUACACCGACUCCAAUGGCUGGAGCCAACUCCGGUUUCUUCAUUCAGGAAGAGCAGACGAUGUCGACAAAGAUGAAGGGUCAAGAACUUGUGACACCGGAUGCUGAACUGCCGAUGUUGAAGCCCGAUGACAUGCAAUACUUCGAUAAGCUCCUGAUCGAUGUUGAUGAAAACGCGUUGACCACUGAAGAAGCCAAGGAGCGUCGAAUUAUGAAGCUCUUGCUGAAGAUUAAGAAUGGAACUCCUCCGAUGAGAAAAUCCGCAUUGCGUCAAAUUACUGACCGUGCGCGUGAAUUUGGCGCCGGACCUCUGUUGAAUCAAAUCUUGCCACUUCUGAUGAGCCCGAGUUUGGAAGACCAAGAACGUCAUUUGUUGGUCAAAGUCAUCGAUCGAAUCUUGUACAAGCUCGAUGAUCUCGUGAGGCCGUAUGUGCACAAGAUUCUUGUCGUCAUCGAGCCGCUCUUGAUCGAUGAGGAUUACUACGCUCGAGUUGAAGGUCGUGAGAUUAUUUCCAAUCUUGCCAAGGCCGCUGGUUUGGCAACGAUGAUCUCCACCAUGCGUCCUGAUAUUGAUAACAUAGACGAGUACGUGCGAAAUACAACUGCUCGAGCUUUUGCUGUCGUAGCUACUGCGCUGGGUAUUCCAUCUCUUCUUCCGUUCUUGAAGGCCGUCUGCCGAUCGAAGAAAUCGUGGCAAGCGCGUCACACUGGUAUCAAGAUUGUCCAGCAAAUUGCCAUCUCGAUGGGUUGCGGUAUCCUCCCGCAUUUGAAGAACAUGGUCGAAAUCAUCGAAAACGGCCUUGAAGACGAGCAGCAGAAAGUAAGAACAAUCACUGCUCUUGCCAUCGCUGGUUUAGCCGAAGCUGCUCACCCGUAUGGUAUUGAAUCGUUCGAUCCUGUCCUCAAACCAUUAUGGAAGGGUAUCAGAACUCACAGAGGCAAGGGUCUCGCUGCGUUUUUGAAAGCCAUCGGUUAUGUUAUCCCGUUGAUGGACGCUGAAUACGCGAACUACUACACUAGAGAAGUCAUGUUGAUUUUGAUCAGAGAGUUCUCCUCGCCCGACGAAGAGAUGAAAAAGAUCGUGCUGAAGGUUGUCAAGCAAUGCUGCGCUACUGAUGGUGUCGACGCGAUUUAUAUCAAGGAAGACAUUCUUCCACCAUUUUUCAAAGCUUUCUGGAAUCAUCGAAUGGCGCUAGAUAGAAGAAACUACAGACAAUGUGUCGAGACAACAGUUGAAAUCGCAAAGAAAGUCGGAUCUGUUGAAAUUCUACACAGGAUCGUCGAUGACCUCAAGGAUGAAAAUGAACAAUACAGAAAGAUGGUGAUGGAAACCGUUCAAGAAAUCAUGCAAGAAAUGGGAUCGGCAGAUGUCGAUUCACGGCUAGAAGAGCAGCUUAUUGAUGGAAUUCUUUAUGCUUUCCAGGAACAAACGACCGAAGAUGCCACCAUGUUGGGAGGCUUUGGAGCUGUGGUGAACUCGCUAGGAAAACGAGUCAAGCCUUAUUUGCCCCAAAUUUGUGGUACUGUUUUGUGGAGACUGAACAACAAGGCUGCCAAAGUUCGACAGCAAGCUGCAGAUUUGAUUUCCAAGGUCGCUAAUGUGAUGAAAUUAUGCCAGGAAGAAAAGCUCAUGGGUCACUUGGGUCAAGUUUUGUACGAAUAUCUUGGAGAAGAAUACCCAGAAGUUCUCGGGUCUAUUUUAGGAGCGCUAAAGGCAAUUGUGAAUGUUAUUGGAAUGCACAAAAUGACACCUCCAAUCAAAGAUUUGCUCCCACGACUGACGCCAAUCCUGAAAAACAGACACGAAAAGGUGCAAGAGAACUGUAUCGAUUUAGUCGGUAGAAUUGCUGAUAGAGGUGCUGAAUAUGUCUCCGCUCGUGAAUGGAUGCGAAUUUGCUUUGAACUUUUGGAUCUUCUUAAAGCCCACAAAAAAUCAAUUCGGCGAGCGACUGUAAACACCUUUGGUUACAUCGCCAAAGCUAUCGGUCCUCAUGAUGUCUUGGCGACUUUGCUGAACAACUUGAAGGUCCAAGAGCGACAGCUUCGUGUCUGUACGACGAUUGCGAUCGCUAUCGUCGCGGAAACUUGUUCUCCAUUCACGGUUCUUCCCGGUUUGAUGAAUGAGUACAGAGUGCCAGAAUUGAACGUUCAAAAUGGUGUCUUGAAAGCUCUUUCCUUCUUGUUUGAGUACAUCGGUGAGAUGGGAAAAGAUUACAUCUACGCGGUCACUCCUCUUUUCGAAGACGCCCUUCAAGAACGAGAUCUUGUCCACAGACAGAUUGCUACAGCUGCAAUCAGUCACAUGACGAUCGGUGUAGCUGGCUUUGGCUGCGAAGACGCGUUGAACCAUCUUCUCAACUACAUUUGGCCGAACAUCUUUGAAAACUCGCCUCACGUUUGCCAAGCUGUUCACGCUUGUCUUGAAGGAAUGCGGAUAUCUUUAGGGCCUAUUCGUGUGCUGCAGUAUGCACUUCAGGGAUUGUUCCAUCCAGCUCGAAGAGUAAGAGAAGCUUAUUGGCGAAUUUAUAACAACCUUUAUCUUGGCGCCCAGGAUGCGCUUGUUCCUGCGAUGCCACGAGUUCCUGACGAUGAAAACAACCAGUACAUUCGAUAUGAGCUCGAAUAUCACCUGUAA